ACAGUUUCUUUGUAAAUUGAAUGGUGAAAACAUAUACAGUGGAAGCUGUCUGGAGAGAUGAUUACUGGAUUGCUAUCUCUUGUGUCGUGUGCACUGGUGACACUGACUUCUGGGAUUACAGUGUCACCAAUUGUGAGGCAAAAGCAUUACACAACGACCCCCAAAGUGCCCCAGAUGAUUGCGUAUUUCCAACCGUCGCCGCAGAUUCGUAGCAAAAAUGGGGAUAGUGUCUCAAGUGCAGCCUAUUUUGGGCAGGAUGUGAUUAAAAUUGUUCAACCGCCAGAUAAUGUGCGUGGCAAAGAGUUCAUCCGCGGAGGAUCUCGUAGUGAUCUUAAGAAUCGUGUAAAGUUAUCCCCGAAGUAUGAUUUUGCCAACCCUGGGCUCAAGUCGCUGCCCAUACAAAUUGACCCGCGGCAGCAAUACUACCAGCAACAGAAAGACUUCUUUGCGAGGUCACCCAAUAUGCGUGAUUACCAGCAGACCAAGCCCUCAAUUGGUUUCGACAUAAAUCCCGUGGUGAAUCAGCUCCAGGUGCUACGGCAUAAGCAUCGUGAUGCCUUUGCCGAGGAUGAGGGUGUUCCCAAUAUUGAUGAGAAGAAAAAACCAUCGCAACCAUUGAGAAAACCACCAAUGGGGUAUGAAAUUUUCGCAAAAGAAAAGGAAAAUUUCAGGAAAAAUAUCACACCACAGCAGCGGAGAAGGAAACAGCCACAGCGUCAGAAGGUGAAGAAAGAGGAAGAGCCUGAGGAGGUUCCUGAGAGAUUCGUACCAACUCGUCUCUAUGCUCAAGUGCGCCACUCAUCGACGCAAAAGCAUCGCCCGAGGCAACUUGAGGAGCCCCGUGCGCGGGAAAAACUUUCAAUGGCGAAAACGCAUGUUGUGUACUCUGAAGAUGGAUACGAAGACUCCAAAUACGAUCAUGGUGAUGAGGAAAAAUUCGCACAGCACCGUGAGCGCGUCAAGCGAAACGCGGAAGUAACUAAUGGUGCAGAAGAGGUGCCAAUGGCACUGGCCCUGAUUGGUGCGGGAACCAAUUUAACGGGGGAAGAGGUGCUCGAGUACUUGGAGGAAGUCAUUGCAAAUAGUUCCAAGUACCUACCAGACGAUCCACAUGAUGAUCGCUUCAGCAUCACGUCGCACCUCCUCAAUAAGACGGAGAUUGAGAAACUCUUUGCCCAACCCAUUGCCGACACCAUCGAGAGCGAAUCUCGCCAGUCAGCACACAAGGACAAAUAUCCAUUCUAUUUUCUACCAACAUCUGAGCAUUUGCCACAAUCAUCAGCUCUCAGGUAUGCUGAAACACCAAAGACCCUCCCGCGUCCCGGUGAAACUUUCUACGACACAAAAAAUGGGAAGCUUUGCGAAGAUAUUGAUCAAGACGUUGAUCCAACAAAAGACAUGGGCAAGAAGAGAAGGCUAAAUAAUCUUGGGGGGAAAAUUGACUGCAUCAGGGAGAAAUUUUUCGGCACGGAACCUCUGGAUAAUCCUAUUUUUCACGAAGAAUUCGUUGAUACGGAAAGCACAACAACUAUUAGCGUAUCAAUGAAUGAAGGAAAUUCUCUGAAGAAUCAAAAAGUCUCUCAUCACCAAAAUCCCGGAAUUAAUGUUUAUGACGAUGUUAUAAGCAACAUCAGGGCUUCCGUUGUUGCUGAUACUGUUAGUCGACAUGCAAGAAAUCGACAGGCAUACCUCAUGCUACCACCCGUGGACUCCGUGCAGGUGUUACAGCCGAAGAAGCACAAGGAGAGGAUAAAAGAUGUUCCCAAGAGCAGUGACAAGAAAAAUAGCCAAAAUUUCGCACAUCACAAUGGAUUGCCGGUGUUUGAUAUUUCCAAAUAUUUCCCACCACUGUAUGUAGUGCAACCGGAGAGUGGGAAUGUCUUGAGAAUACACCCACAGCAGAUAAUUGGGAAAUACAGAAAAAAGAUGAACAAAUCCAAAGGUAAGAGAGUGUCGCACAAGACAAAGGAUUACACCGUUUUCCCAACGAUUGAAAGUGUGACAUCGCACACCAUUCGACCCCAGCUCAUUGUACAUCCAGUAAUGUCUUCGGGGAAUCAUCCAUACCUGGCCCUGAAGAUGAAUAAACAAAGAAAAUUCCACUAUGAGGGCUUUAUUUUCCACUGACACGAGAUAAAUUAAUAAUUAAAUGACGAAUACUGGCAAGUUGUCUUGUUCACCUGUAAGAAAAUUGGAUUUUCAGAUAGAACUUUAACUGUUCUUUUUUAAAACAGUUCUUAAGUUUCUAAAACUAAAAUUAAAUUUUAGAAUCUGGAAGAAAUUUUAAUUCUGUUAUGUAACCGUUUGUUGGAGCUUAAUAAACUUUAUUUAUUUUUAAUA